UGUUGCACGGAGAAGUUGGAGUCUGCUGUUUGAAACAAAACUAUUUGGCAAUCUGUGAUAUUUUCCGACUUUCGCCUUGACGAUUGAUUUUAUUCUGGUAAAUUAAUCAAAAGAAACACGCGAUAGGGAGCCUUAACACAGACAAUAAUUGGUGUUAUUUGGUGGUGCUGGUCAACAUAUUUUGGUUUCCAAGUAGCAUUAAAACGUCAAACUUCAUCGGUUGAUAUACCAAACAUGGAAUGUGAAGAACAUCCGGGUAGCCCGAUGAUAUCGGUGUGUAUUACGUGUGAUACAACCCUGGUCUGUGUAGACUGUAUGACCGACACACUUCACAAUGGUCAUGUGUUCAAGAAACCAAAAACAAUUUCAAAUGAAAUCAAAACUGAACUCAAGACGAAGGUAACAGAAGUUUAUAAACUGGAGAUUGACUUAGAAUCGGAACUAAAAGAGUUUGAGACACUAAAAACACAACAGGACAAAAUCCUGAUAGAAAGGACCACGUCAAUUGAAACAGGACAGAAAGUUCUAAUCAAUGCCGUUAACGAGAUGACGAAUACCUUUAAAUCAGAAUACAAUAAUCAAAAGAAGAAUAAUUGUAAUGAACUGCAAGACGUGAUCAAUGACAUUUCAACAGAAUUAAAAAACGUGAGACAACAUAGAGAGAAGGUAAAACGCAUCAUUGAUCAAACAGAUGAUCUAGCAGUGGUGCACGAUUCAAGAGAUCUUAAGGACUUUGACGGACAAAGAAAACCGCAUCCCCAGCACGCCGCUAUCAAGUUUCCCCCUGGAAAAUUGGACUCAGAUCAGCUAAAACUCGUGUUUGAGGGUAAGGCAGCUGAAAUAAAGGCACUAACGACACUUCAGGGAGUGCAAGCUGGUACCGUCAUACGUCAGCGUAAGGAGCCUGUCUUGGAGUCUACCUUCAAACAUUCUAAAUCAAGUUUUGUGACUGGAAUGUGUUACGGUUCUUAUGAAAAGUCAUGGGUGAAAUGUCACGAUGAAAAAGAACUAAUUCUUAUAGACAAACAUGGACACGUAGACAAAACCGUGCCAUUCGACUUCAGUGUUAGAGGUAUGCCAACAGUUAGUGAUGAUACACUGUUAUUAUGUGGAGGUGACAAUAGAAAUAUUAAACAAAUCCUACUAUCGAGUGGGAAGGUCACCACAGUCUUCUCUACAGGGAAAUUGUAUCCUCAAUACGUUUGUACAGCACCAAGUGGCGACCUCUACGUGACACUGACGGAUAAACAUGACUACAACACUACUGCCGACAGUGAGAGAAUACUGAUCCAAUACUCUCCAAAAGGACGGGAGAAAGGCCGGGCUCGUUUCGAUAAACGGGGCGAUGUCCUGUUUGUCGGGCCAUCAACGGUGAUGAUCAGUAACACUGGGGACGUCAUAGGAGUGACAAAUGAUACAGACAAACUAAACAGUCACCUGGUUCUACUGAAUACAGACCUCACGUUACGAUUACGGUAUCUAGGUAACGGCAAGGUCGUGUCAGGGGAGGAGAAGUUUGAUACUACAACCUACAAACCGGAAACGAAAUAUGCAAUCAACGAUUUUAUCUUCGACUCAUUUGACAAUAUCAUUUUCUGUGAGGUCUACAGUAAGUGUGUCCAGCUAAUGUCAAAAGACUGCGUCCCCUUGGCUACCCUCCUACCGAAACAGGAAUACAUACCGAUGUCAAUCACCAUGAAUGGUGACAGGAUGUGGAUAGGGUUUCUAGACGGAACUGUGAAAAUUUACCAGUACAAGUGAUCUACUGCUGAACGGGUGUCUGCACCUCGUGACCGAAUGUCUGUAUCACAUGACCAGAUGUUUGUAUCACGUGACCCAAUGUCUGUAUCACAUGACUGGAUGCAUCUGCUGUCACUGGUAGGAGGGCGACAUUUCAUUAAUUUGAUAUAACUCCCUUUUUUAAAUUUCAUCAAUUUAGAACUCUCCUGUGAUGAACUAUUUUUUAUCGUCAAGGGAAGUGAAUGUUGUCAUAAAUAGACAAGAGGCAACAUUUUGUACCAUUGAAAAACCUCAAACGGAUCAACGUUUCAUUUUAAUCUUAAUUAAUCAAGUUUCUGCAAGUGUUAUUAAAUUAACCUAAAGCGAAAACGAGAUUUAAAUCACAUUUGUCGUAUAUAACGCUUAAUUAAGUAUAUAAAGUAAAUAAGUAACCAGAAAAGACACGAAAAGUAUUUUUUCUGAUACAAUUAAUAUAUAAAGUACUUUAUAUUUUUCAAACGGGUCAUAUUUUGUAGGAGAUUCAUGAAUGUAUUACGAACACUGGCCAAAAGUCUUAUAAAGUGACAAAACGAAUGGUUUCAUAUUUGACGAGAGUUGACUGGGUUUUAAUAGUGCUUUUGGUUUUGGUAGGUCACUGUCGGUAUUUUUUUUUAGAUCUAAAGAUUUCAAAUGUUAUGUAAUUGUAAAUGUAAACACGUAUUUAAUGUAACAUUAUGUUGCAGUAUAGUAAAAUGGUUUUAUAUUUAUGCCAUGUAUGAUAUAUCACUCAAAUGUGACAAACUAUUUUGCUGUAAUAGUAAUAUCGUACCACAUGUGAAUCAAUCACAGUCUUCAUAAUCACUGUUAAUUGUUAUCGAUCAUGUCACGUACAUCUGGCCAGGUGGAUGAUAAUGGGGAAAUUUUCCAACACACUCCCUUAAUAUAUAUUUGUACCCCUCUGAAUAUGUAAUCAGCACCUGCCCGGGUAGAUAUAUUUUGGGAUACACUCAUGUUGAAACAUACAACUAUUUAUCAUCAUGAUCUUGUCGGAUAAUAGGAUCAGGGGAUACACUUUUUACAACAAACACCUGUUAAUAGAUACACUGAUAAGGUUGUAGAACUAGAUUAAAAUAACUAAGGUACGCUAAAAUUAAAUAUCUAUCGUUCAGCGUAUUACAUACCGGGUAACAGAACAGUGUAUAAUAUGGCUAGACUCGACACCUAUCUAUCAGCAUUUCUCUGGGUAGAUAAAAGGAAACAGCAGAUGUCAAUGAAUAAUCAAUUUGAAAAAAACAAUGGAAUUACAAAAUAUGUUAUCAUAUCAUUUGUAUCGUUUUUGGGAUUAUAUACAGAUGGUUGUUUAAAUUCACCGCAAAAUACUGAAUAUGAUUUGCACAAUUUCAUAUACAUUGAUUUAAUAAAAUUCACUAUUAUAAAGUAAAAUUUAUAAUAUACGUAUUUCUUUCUGCAUUGAUAAUGUUUGAAGCUAUAAUAUAAUUAACUUAGUAUACAAUUAUUAAUAUAGAACAUUUAAUAUAGCCCCAUCUCUUACUAGAAUAAGCAACCCUAAAGCGCCUUACAAUACAAAGUAUACAAUGUAUACAAUCAAUUAAAUUAGCAUAUACAUUAUUCAAUACAAUUUUGAGGAAUUCGCAGGAGCUGCCUUAUCAGGCGCUAACUACUAGGCCUAAGUCACCUGGCUAAUAUCUCCCUAUGUGUGUAUGCCUACAAAACAGACCACAAUAAUCUCC